AGACUGACGGCGGCACGCGGGAAAGUUCAGAGUGAGCAGCAGCUGUGCGGUAAAUAUGGCUAUGAGGAGUGUGUCCCGUGUGGAGGUGGAGGGAGGACUUGAGGAGGAGGAGAGCUUUGGGCCACAACCGGUCGCCCGUCUGGAGCAGUGUGGCAUCAGCAGCAGUGACAUCAAGAAGCUGGAAGAUGCUGGGUUUCACACCGUUGAGGCCGUGGCGUACGCACCAAAAAAGGAACUGCUGAACAUCAAAGGUAUCAGUGAAGCCAAAGCUGACAAGAUCCUGACAGAGGCUGCUAAGAUGGUACCCAUGGGAUUCACGACUGCAACAGAGUUUCACCAGCGGAGAGCUGAAAUCAUCCAGAUCUCCACUGGAUCCAAAGAGCUUGAUAAACUCCUACAGGGAGGAAUCGAGACGGGCUCCAUCACUGAGAUGUUUGGAGAGUUCCGCACAGGAAAAACACAGCUGUGUCAUACGCUGGCCGUCACCUGCCAGCUGCCCAUAGAUCAGGGUGGUGGGGAGGGCAAAGCCAUGUACAUCGACACAGAGGGAACUUUCCGUCCAGAGAGACUGCUGGCUGUAGCUGAGAGGUACGGGUUGGUGGGCAGUGAUGUGCUGGAUAAUGUGGCGUACGCGAGAGCCUUCAACACAGACCAUCAAACACAGCUGCUUUAUCAGGCCUCUGCUAUGAUGACUGAGUCCAGAUACGCUCUGCUGAUAGUAGACAGCGCAACAGCCCUUUACAGGACCGAUUACUCUGGACGAGGAGAGCUGUCCGCUCGUCAGGGACAUCUGGGACGAUUUCUACGCAUGCUGCUCCGUCUUGCUGAUGAGUUUGGUGUUGCCGUCGUCAUCAGUAACCAGGUUGUAGCGCAGGUGGACGGAGCGGCCAUGUUUUCUGCAGAUCCCAAGAAGCCGAUUGGAGGAAACAUUCUAGCACAUGCCUCAACUACUAGAUUAUAUCUGCGGAAGGGUCGAGGUGAGACGCGCAUCUGUAAGAUCUACGACUCGCCGUGUUUGCCUGAGGCGGAGGCCAUGUUUGCCAUCAAUGCCGAUGGAGUAGGUGACGCCAAAGACUGAAAGGUUACACAGAUCGGAGGCUCUUCAUUACUUUGCGCUCUGUUAUUGGAGAUACAGGAACAUCUGUCAGAGAAGAGGCUUCUGUGAAAUUAACAAAAGAAACUUUGUAAAUUCACGGAUAAUGUACAGAAGACUGGCAUGUGUAUAAUAUUAUUAGUGUUAAUAAAUAGGUUUAUCAUCUGAUGGGUUUAUUUACAGCUGUCCAGAUUGAUGGAUCUGAAUCAUUUGAGCUGGAGUAAUUAUUUGUUCUUUGCUGUGAUGUCAACCUUUUUGUGUUAUUUACAUCUUUUGUUUUGUCUGGACUAUUUUCGCUUUUGCUUGUACAUAAACUACACCAAAUGAAAGUGUUUUAACUGUUAAACCCUUGUAAACAAUAACUAUAAUUGCUCAUUUACUUAGUGAUAAAGAGUAACAUUAAAAUAGAUAAACUUGCAAAAUUAUGGAAUUGUAUUGUCAUUUUAGAAAUUCACUUCAUGUCAUGACAUCUGAAAUCAAAUAUGAACAAACAUGAGUUUAUCUCAAGAUAAAUACAUUUUUAAUAUCACAAGCAUGUUUCAAUAUUUUAAAAUUGGGAAUGAUUUUAGCGACCUUUUUAAUGGAAUAAAACGCAGUAAUGUU